AAUAAAAUCCGAAGGCGCUUUUUGAAAAAAUAUAUUUAAUUCCAUGGCGCCAAAAUAGCUGCUUCUCAAUGCUCACAAGAGCUCGUUGCUAUGAAAUUCGAAUAACGCUGUUCAACACUUGAGCGGGCACUACAAAUUUUGAUAUGGUCACACCGCAAACAGCUGUUAGCAGUUUAUGUGAAAUAAUUAAUAACAAUAAAAUAUCUAAGCAUAAAACUAAAUGAAAUAAAUUUAAACAAUCUGCGACAGUUUAUUAGGUAAACUGGAAAGGGAUUAGUUGAUAAAUCGUGGGAUUUCUUCUGAAUAUCUACUGUUAACAACCGCCUGAGUCAAGCAACAAAAAACAAACAACAAAAAAAUAGCAAGUGAAGAUGUGGAACUUAAAACAUUUUGCUGCAAAUUUGUAUCGACAAUAUGAGCUUGUUACAUGCAUUAAUAUGUUUGAGCCCUGGGAGAAGAAGUUGAUUAAUGGAUUCGUCUUGCUGAUGUUUGUGCUCUUGAUAUUCUCAAGCUGCGUCUACUUGCCCAGCUAUAUGGACACGCUGCUCGAUGUAAUAACCCCAACAAGUGGAUCCAACAAAGUGCCAGAUAUGGUAUAUGUGCCGCAAAGAAUCAGCAGCAUUUAAGAACCCAAAAAAACUCUCUAAUACACUUACAACCGCGAUUUAUAUAUGUAUAUGCACAUAGUACUUGCCCAAUUGGUAGAAAACUAGAAUUUAAUGAAAACAUUUUGUGAUUUACUUUAACCUUAUCAAAAUCUGUAAAUAAUUGAACGUGCCAAUGUAGAUUCUAUUUGCCCAUUUAAA